CAUUUCGCAACAAAGAAGCGUCUUGUGACGACGGAUGUGACAUGAACGAAGACAAGAGGUGUUGUGGGUGUUGAUGCAAACCACCGCUCACUUACAAAGAAGCACAGAGCACACACGCCACCUGCUGAGAGUCGGAGGUGUGAAAGAAGGAGGGCGGCGGCGUGUUCAGUUUCGCGUUGCCUGCCCCAGCCCUUGCCCCAAUACGCCCUUCCUUCCUGCCUCCUGGCACGAGGCCACGGCACACAUGAACGUACAUGCAGCCAUGCUCAACCAGCAUCGCGAAGUCAUGUUCACGGCCCCUGCAUAUGCCAGCGUGCUGACGCUCACCGCCGCCAUGGAGCGCCAAGUACACACGCUUGCCGGCCACGUCGCGUGCGCGUUCCAAGCCAUGGCCUUGAGCAUUCCGCCAGAGGUCAUCUUCAAGAUUGCGGAGCUUGCAGUUGUUGCCAUCGCCACCCAACACCAACAGCACCAACAGCACCAGCACCAGCAACCACAACUAGUUGGAAGCGCAUCAGCGCACCGUCGCCACCACCGCAGCAAUCACCACAGCAGCAGCCACAACAACAACAACCACUGCGCUCAGCCAGCACCUCACAUCUUCAACGCCACUCAAGAAGACAUUGUCGCCGAUGCGCCCGUGUUCCUCGCAAGCAUCUUCCGGGAAACAGUCUUCCUGCAGACGCACGAGCACAUUGCGCCGUUCCUCCUCCCGCUCCUGCACCGGGCCCGCCUCAUCCCACUGCCGUCGCCAGCCGAUCUUCAACGGGGUGAACCGCGCCACGACCCACAAGACCAGGAAGAGGUGGACGAAGAAGAAGCAACAGCAACAGCAGCAGCAGAACGACAACAAGGAGGAGGUGCGCGAGAAGCAGGAUCAUCACACGCACAUGGCUACAGACACCACCACCACCACCACCACCAAGAACAAGAUGGCAAGUCCCAAGAACAUCCCUGCUGUGAGAGCUUUGGCAAAGCCAUCGAGGGUGACGCACGCGCCGAGACGCACGACGACACCAGCUCGCACACGCGCUCAUCAUCCAUCCACUCAUCAUCCAUUCACUCAUCAUCCAUUCACUCAAGCAAGAACACGGCUAGCCUCCGGCGAUGGCAGAGGCGCAGGCGGCAGGAGAGAGCGAGCUUGCUGCAGGACUACACGGUGCAGCGUGUCGAGGCAAUGCCGCAGCUCAUGCCACUGCAUGGAUGCCACGAGGCCCGCAAAGCCGCGCUUUGUCGACCGCGGGGCCUGGCCCUUAUGGCCGGCGUGCCGCUCCCCGGCCACGACGACAUCAGCCAGGACAGCCGACGCAUGCGCCGCCUCAAGAGCACAUCUGGCAGGUUUGCUGGCAAGCGCAGCAGCGACGACGCAGGCCCUCACAAACAUUACCACCGCAGCAUCAGCAGCCCCGCCAUGGCAGCACUGACGACACCAAUGCAUGCCACCAACCACUCAACAGCAGCGCACAAGAAGGCUACGCCUGCGACCGACGCAAAGCACAAAAAUCCAACGCCAAGCCUCCCCUUGGCCAACACGCUGCUGUCGCCAGCCAUGAUGACCCCGCCAUCGACGCGAACACCGAGCCUGUCCCCUGCACCCCGCUCAGGCGACGGCGGCGGCGAUGAGGAUGACGAGGUGAUGACGGCAGUGGGCUGCGUCAUGUUGUGGUGGCGGGAGGAUGUGGAGCAGACGCACGGUCUGCGCACCAUCAGCCACCGCGAGCACGUGUGGGGCUGGUCGGGCGCCCUCACCCCGGCCGUGCGCAAGGAGAAGCGGGCCAUCGCGCAGCAGCUGUGUUACCGCCUGUUUGGCUUUGCGCCCGGUGCAGUGCUGCCCUUCCACGCAGAGACACCCGGCCUGAACGAGUUUCUCGCCUGCGUUGUCGCCAUGGACAUCCUGGGGCCCUGGCUUGACGAGGUGCACCUGCUGCACGUGUGUACCUGCAUCCGGGCAUGCACCCCCUUCCUGCCCACCAACAACAGCACCCUCGCUGCCCUGUACGACACGUGCAUGCGCAUCUGCGUGGAGGACCUGCCCUUCCUCAGGCCGCUGCCGCUCGCCGUCCUGCAGCGCACCAUCAAGCAGAAGGUGGAGAGCGCGUGCCGGCUGGCCACCAAGGUGGUGGGCCACUUUGCCGCCAAGGACACGCGCGUGUUCCUCACCAACGCACACGCGCAGCUGCCAUACCAGGGGGCCGCCCUGCGCGGGCCAGCCACGUGCACGCUUCUCCACGCAUGGCUGCGGGCGAUGGCAGAGACCAUCCACUUCUUCGACGCGCUGCUGGCAGAGCCAGACCACAUCUUCCCGCGCUACGGCGACGUGCGCACGGACGACGAGCACCAGCGGCUGCAGGACAGCGCCGCGCGGAACCUGCGACGAGCACGCGUCUUUGUUGGCGCGCAGUUCAUCACCGCAGCCAUCAUGCAGGCCGUGCUGGCGCUGACGGGGUUUGACAUCGACACGGCCCCACUGCACGAGCUGUUGCCGCACGCGGCCGCCUCUGCUGCCCUCGCUUCAUCUGGCCACAAUAGCGAUGCUGAUGAUGGUGUGGCGAGAGAUGGUGACGCUGGCGAGGCGAAGGGUGGUCGUGAUGCACGACUUGAGGGCCACCACAGCCCCAGCAGCAACAGUGGCAACAACAGCAGCGGCAGUGGCCACAACAGCAGCGGCAGUGGCAGCAGAUUUGCCUUUGAUGACGAGCGUGUUGCCGAUCACACAUAUGCAGAGUGGCUUCUGCAUGCCGGCUUUGCACUCAGCGAGAAGGCGGCGACGAAGAAGACGGCGACGAAGGAGAAGCGUGACGAUGGACCUCACCUCCAACAGCAUGCACAGCAGCAACAGCAGGGGGAGGAGGAGGAGGAGGAGGAGGAGGAGGAGGAGGAAGGCGCGCCUUCUGCGCAACGCGAUUGCAGCGCUGCGUUCCGGCAGUUGUCCCUGGGGGUGCUUCACGCCCUGCGGGAGACAGAGGCUGGGGCCAACCGCAAUGGCAGUGACGCACGCCGGUGCAGCACGAAGCUGGAUACAACCAGGCACGCUGUGUUUGAGCAGUGCUUGGACAUGUGCUUCUCGUCUUCGCAGGGGCAGCUGGACAUUCUCUCCUUUCUCGCAGACAUGCCAGAUCCGGCCGUGGUCGUGGUGGCCAGCUUUGUUGAUGCCUACAUGUGAUGCCCUGCUGGCACUGCCGGCGACUUUACCUUCGUUGUACGAUGUUCUCCUGUGUUCUAUUCCCACGUCUUCACCGCUUUCAUGUAUGUAUUCAGACAUGCAAUACGCUAUAGCGUUCGUGUUCCGGCUUCCUUGACCAUCUCUUUCUGACCCAUCGGCCUGUGUAAUUUGAACAUCAACGGGACACCGCUUCUAACUUGUGGACUUUGCUUCUUUGCUUCGUGAGCGCACAAUCAUUUUACCCUUCAAGCUUGAGAAUAAACGAGGAAUGACACA